CUGAAAUGUAAACAUGGCCGCCGCUGUGUUGUCUGAUGGGUGUUUGUGUGUGAUUGACGAGUAAUGUUAUGCCAAGGGCAUAAUUAAUAAUAUAAAAAAUAUGUGCACAAUAGACCCAGGUAAUAAUAUACGCUGUACAUUUUUUUACGAUCCAGCUAACCUUACCGCAAUUCAAGAAUAUCAAGAGAUAAGUGAACCGUGCGUUGUUGUUGCGAAAUGCAAAUUACGACUUUUUUGAGCAUCUUUAUGUAGGCCGACUUUUCUCGGGCAAUGAAAGAAAGUGGUUCGAAGUGAUGAAUUUAAAGAUUCAAUUAAUUCUGGUAAUCAGAAGUGUUCGCAGCUUGAUACCGAGGUGCUGAACAGCUGGGUUGCUAGGUGGUUCAGCUGACUAGUGAUUGACCUAUAAACCCCUCUGAGAGAAAAAAAAGGGUCAAUGAAAAAUAGUCCGAAUUCUGUGAUGUUUGGAAAAUUUGUUUUCCACUGCUUGUGUCUGGGCGAGCGAUGAACAUACUCCGGAUCCUGAUUCCGUGUGCGUUGCAGCGUGGUGGCGAGAGCGAAGGAGGCGGCGGCGCUGGAGGGUGUUGGUUGACAGGAAGCACAAGAGGGGAUGAUUCACGCGUGACCCAGAGGAUGGGAGCUUCAGCUUCUUCUGGUCCCGCCCCUCUAGGUGGAGACCCAAUCCAGGCAGCUAGGCUUUCAUCCACUGGUAAUCCAGAUCAAUUGGGUAUCAUUGUUCGGGAAAGAAAGAAGAAAGUAACUGGAUUUGCAACAUUGAGAAAAAAAUUUAUCCGGAGACGACGUUCGUCGAAAGCUUGUGACCACGGAAGAGUUAUUAGAGAGUUGGUUUCAACUUGGAGUCCUCUUGAAGCUGGUGCACUCUUGGAAGAAUAUGAAGCAUUAGCAGCCCUGAAGGAUUUACAUGUACAGGCAGAACUUGCAAGACCUCCUGCUGCGACAUUUAAGCAAGAUCUGUCUACGUUAUACGAUUACAAGCACUGUACCGAUGCUGAUCUUGUUUACAGAGGAGCAUGUUUUCCAGUACAUAGGGCGCUCUUGUCCGCUAGAUGCCCAUACUUUAGGGAACUGUUAACAGGAUGUCCCGGAUAUGGUGCUCGGAUAUGCCUAGAAUUAAGGACCCCUGGGAUAGACGUACAGAUGUUUUCGGCGCUUCUGCGAUAUUUAUACACUGGAGAUAUUUGUCCACAUGACGCAUCGCUAGAUAUAGCUCUUCUUCGGCGACUAGGAGAAGAGUUCGGUACCCCAAAUCCCCUCGAACAUGAUCUCAGAUACUUACUAGACACUGGUGAUUACGCAGAUGCUGCGUUAGUUUUCACCUCAGAUGGUGAUUAUCAAAGGCCUGACAGCGGCAGUUCAGAAUAUGGAUUUCGACCAAAGCUAGAACUACCUUGUCACAAAGCGAUACUCUCCGCCAGAUCUCCAUUUUUUAGAAAUUUGAUACAACGCCGCACUAGAUCAGGUGAAGACCAUACAGAAAGGGCUCUUCAUAUACCAACGCGAAUAGUCCUAGACGAAUGUGUUAUACCCAAAAGAUAUGCAAGAGUAUUACUUCAUGCUGUCUACCUAGAUACCGUUGACUUAUCACUGAUACUGAGAGGCAGUGGGUGUGGAAAUAGUGCUGGAAGCCUAGGAGAGGUGAGGGAUGAAGUAAUUUAUACAUCAAAUCCGUCUUCUGUGCAGGCACUGACGCAUACAGGAAGAGUGCGGCCCAGUCCUUUGGAAGAAGCCAUGGAACUGUAUCAAAUCGGCAGGUUUCUCGAACUCGACAUACUGUCUCAAGGCUGUGAAGAUCUCAUUUUGGAAUGGCUCACCUUAGAUUCUCUUCCAACUGUGCUCAAAUGGGGAAGUCAGCCGCACGGUUCUGCAUGGGUUCAUAGACAGGCGUUGCAUUUUCUGAGAGAGGAGUUUCAACCGAUCGCGUCAUCUCCUGUGCUUCACCAGUUAGAUCGUGUUCAUUUGACUAGUAUACUUCAAAGUCAUUUUCUACAAGCGAGCGAACUAGAGGUAUUGCAGGCAGUCCUUAGAUGGGGUGAACAGGAGUUGGUACGUAGGAUGGAAGAUCGAGAGCCGAAUCUGCUCAGUCAUACUGCUCACUCAGUCACGAGAAAAGGUGUUAAAAAACGAGAUCUGAGUGACGUUGAACUGCGGGAAAUAUUAAGUGAGCUGUUACCGUUAGUUCGAAUGGAUCACGUUUUACCACCGAGCAGUGAAAUCUUGGCUCAGGCUAUUCGAAGAGGUCUGGUAUCCACACCACCGAGUCAUAUGAUAGGAGAUGAGAGGGAAAACUUGAGAGUGAAUGCGUGGAUUAGAGGAGGAAAAAACAAUGGACUCUUUGUUAGGCCUCGAUUGUUUAUGCCAUAUUACGAAGAGAUAAAGGCUUUGGUUGAAGAGCAACUAGUUCAAGAGGCUGAACUUGUUAGGUUACGAAGAGCUCGGUACAUUCCUGACAUACCUGACACUCUUUAUAUGGUCGAAGACAAGCCAAGGUCAAUGGGUGCUGUUGGUGUAGACAUUCUAGCCGCAGCUCUUCCAGUUCCAGAUUCUGCAACUAUGUCCGCGAUGCUCAAAAGGGAACAAAAGUUGAGACAAUCUCCCAGUUGUCAGCGUGCAGUCAGCUUGCCUUUGUCUUCGCGUCAUGAAAUCAAUAGACAAGUUCGGUUACGUGUUGUCAGAGAAUUCAAUCUACCGGAUCCAGUUGCAGAUCUUCUUGAGAAUGCAGCGUGUUAUCGUAUUGGUGAGCCAGAUGAAAAUAUAACAGGAGUGGAAGAGAUAGAAGCUGGAAUAGUAGGAGGGAACGCGGGACAUGCCGCACCGGUUUGCUAUGGUAGGAACAUGACGUUUCCGCGUCAAGCAUCGACAUACUCCCACAGACACGAACUUCCAGCAAUUGUUACCGAAGGAGAGAACUAUAGACUUCCUGGAGAGCAGCCUGAGAAUAAUUCAUGCAGUGACGGACAUUUGUCGGACAUAAUGCCAGACGUCGCUAUGGCAACUGCAUCAUUUGGUGCCCUCCAAUUGGCCGAGCAGCAGGAGCUAGAGUUGGACCUUGGAGAUGGUGCUUCACAUCUGCUUCAGCAUGCUCCAGUUUCUGCAGGAACUGUAGGGCCCCAUCAUCCGUUGCUUCCUCUUCAACGCCAAAGACGUUUACCUGGCCCUCCUCGCAUGACCUAUGCUCAUCACCGUCCAGGAACUGGCCCAUCUCGGUUCAUAUGAGAAUGUGCUAAGAAGACUGUGCAACGGAGGUAGAUUACCUGAUGACCUGAACUGGGUGUCAGUUGUAUCGGACCAAUGUAACUACUAACCACUUAACUUUAGUGGACUAUAGUAUAUAUAACACUGGUGAUGCUAGCAGAUAUAAGAUGUCCAUCGUUGAUGCGAUGUGAGCCCGUUGUCUCUAUUUUCCUCCCCCGUGUUAGUUGCUUAUCAAAUUUAUCGGUCAUAUUUAUUGAUAUCUCUGAUAUUUAUUUUGUCGCACUUGAUGUGCUCGACAUGAAAAUUAAAUUGAUGUAGUUUUGAGAUGAAAUUAUUUUUCGGUUUUCGUUCACUUUAUUUUAUGAUUUUUGAGAGCUCACGAACAAAAUUAAGUGAAAAUUACAUUAUUUUAUGGUGAAAUUACGUACUUGUAGUCUAUGAAAGUAGUUGAAACUUAAAUAAGAGAAUCACAUUACAUUUUGAUUUCGUCUUCAUAGAUUUAAUGAAUCAAUUCAGUAUUAUCCAUUACUAAGAAGAUUCAUCAAUCUAUUAGCAAAAAAGGCAGCACAAAAUUAGAUUGUGUUCUAAAGUACUUGGUGAAUUUUGUUCGUUCAUUCAAAUUACCUUGUUUAUUGCAAGAAAUUAUAACGGUGUGAGAAGAUGUGCGCUGAUAUGGGAAUUUUUCCUUUUUUUUCUAAAAGUUUUUUUGACUAUCUUAUUUAUUUAUUGAUUCCAUUCUAUUUAUUUAAAUUUUUUUUGUUUCACUAUCGGAAAAGUCUUACAGUAAUUAUCGUGGUUGCAAGCAUAAAAGUUAAGAAGCGCAAAAUUUGUGCAAGUCUCAAAUAAGCAUGCUGUCGUUCACACAAAUGUACAAUUAGCUUUUAGGAUUAUUACUUAAGAAUUGGAUCGGUAGGACACUGUGAAGUGGAAACCUAAAACAGAUGCCUUAUUAACAGUACGCUUAUGACUCUUGAUCCAACGAAAUAUGUAGACUACUGGUAUGUAAAAUCACAGUCAGUAAGUACGGAAAGCAUACAAAAAAAAGUAAGACUGUAUCCCGCAUAGUCUGCCAAAAUAUUUCUAAUAAUUGUUCUUUGAACUCAUAUCUUAGACUGCCUGUUAUAGAAUCAAUUUUCAAAUUGCCCAUCGUAUACUCGCUACCUACAUCGUCGUAUGGCCAUACUUCAAUUGCAAUUUUGCAAACAUUAUUUUUAUCUCGAGAGAUGAGUAGGCUGUAUACAUAUAACUUAUAAUUUCAAUCAUGGAACGUUCUAUUCAACUUUUUUUUAUAUUACUCAAUAUCUAUAUUAUUCAUCGGUCGUUACUACAUAUUCAUAUUAGGUGGCACGUAGUUGUUACAGCUCUUUGAAUUUAUUAUUCAUAAUAUUUCGAGUCGAUCAAUUUAACGAUUGUUUGUUGUUUUUAUUUUGAUUUUAUUUUUUGUAAAAGAAUUCUCACCCAAGCAAACCCUGGUGCUCUGGUUCUAACUAACGUGACAAAGUUUUUCGUAAAUAUUUCCUUCUUUUUCGUGUGUAUCGAGAGUUUGAAUAAUAGGUCCAUUAAUAAUGAGUUACAAUAAAUUUAUUCCAUGUGUAUGACAUAAAUUUUUGUAACUUUGCCAUGACUUACAAAUAAUUUGGUAUCGUCGUACAAAUCUCAUCGACAACUUUACCUGCCAAAUAUGAUCAUAGUGUUGAAUAGUUAUUGCCAUAUCAAGAGCAACAUAUAUUGAUUUUCCAAGGGGCACAUUUUUGGAGACACGACGGCAUACACAUCACAUGUAAAAUAAGAUUAAUCUUGAGGAUCCAGUGGCUAAAUCCCAUAUGUAUCUCCAGCACGUUCUACAUCAUAGUGACUAGAUAUAGUUUUAGUCUAUCAGAGAGGGAACUACUCAUAAACCUCACAAAAAUCAUGUUUCUACUCCAUGAGAUUAGAAAGACAGCACUUACUGAACAUGGACGUGAUUUAUCAAAUAUUUCUGCGUUAUCAUAUCAUUUAUUUUAUUUUUUUAUUUCGCGUUUAAAUUAUUGUUUUAUAUAUAUACGUAUAUAUAUAAAUUUUUUUUUUCAUUGGCAAAUCGUUCAGAAAAAUUGUUUCCUAAGGUUGAUAAAAUAUAUCUAGAUUUUGUACAUGUUUCAAUAUGAGCGUUGUCACAUUUAAUUCAUCAUUGUGUGGAAACAUAAUUUUGAGAGAUACAUUGUAAUUCGAAUUUUAAUGUAAAUACUAAAGAGCAAUGUUCAGGUACGUAACAUGGAUUGUACAUAACUUAGUGUAAUUAAUAUAACUCAAAUGUGGGUUUAAGAUAAUUUAGCUAAGGAGAUCGUACUUAAGAAUCGAAAAAUGAACUAUCUGUUUAGAUUUAUAUCUUUUAGUCUCCGUUCUCCUGAAUAGUGAUCUAACUAGUGCAGUUAUACUCGUGUAACGUAAAAAAAAGAAAAGGAAUCGUUUACUUUUCUGUGAUUUUUUCACUUAUUGUUACAUUUUCUUUUUUUCACAAUCAAUAUACUCGCUUAUUGAAGUGUACAUUUGACCAGCAAGACUUUCAGGUGAGAGACAUAGAAACGAUGUAGCUGUAACUCUCAAAACAAAUGCCGUAAUGGCGUAAUUUGAUAUCUCGACCCUUGGCUGAAAAUUGGAAUACGACAAGUUGUAAUUCAAAAAUCUUUGUUUGAUUUGCCACAAGAACCUCUGACUUGUUUCAAAUAUUCUCUUCACUUUCAUCGCCAAAUUAACGAAUUACAAGACACCCAAUCGUAAGUUGUAUAUAGUUAGCUAUCGUUGAUACUUAUACUGUAUGUUAUGUUCGUAUGAAUAGAUGUAUUUAGGCACAAAUUAGAGAUAACUUAUUCAGAGGCUCACGAACGAGCCGUGACAAUUUUUAAAUCUAGAUACUGGUGGUAAGAAAUAAAAUUGCACGCAAGGUGAUAUGCAGAUAUUUCUGGCUACAUCUGGGCUUGUAGAAAGUUGAUGAGUUCUUAGAGAGAUCAGCCCGUAUAAGCAAAGUGUUUUUAAUUUUUGCUAUCGUCAAAUAAUCCACAUUCAUCACCGUCAUUAUUUAUUUAAAAAACUGCAUCGACGUGCCAGCCUCAUGAACAAUUUUAAUACUGCCGGUACAAUACGUACGAAUCAUGAAAUGUCUGUUAUAACUUGUUACAUUAUUUUUAUGUUUGUCAAGAAAAAAGGAAUGUGUAAAAUGCACGUACCCCGUACAUACCUUUAUUCAUAAUAUAAUCUAUAGCGACGGAGUUAUGACACCUGUGCGUGGUGGAGAAUCGUAUUUAGAAAUUAUUAGGUUUACAUGUAGGCCUCAUUUUUCCACCGAUAUCACUGUAUCCUGAGUAUAUACCUAGUUGCACUCUGUAUAUUUUAAUUGUUCAAUACAAAAUUAAGAAACUAUAUAAAAUAAACGGUUAUUAUUUAUUACUUAGCCACGUUUUACGCGUAUGUAUACGAAAAGAUCGUAACCAGACUUCUUAUAAUGCAUUCCAUGGUUGAUCCACAACAACGAACCUUCUUUUACUAGCACAAGAUAGGAUGAGUUGAACCAACAUUUACAAAUCUUAAAAAACUACCUUCACAAUGGUUCUUACGAUUCUUAGAUAUAAAUCUUCGUUUAACUCUACUUACUGAUUUCAUACGAAUUAACGGCAUCCAUCCUCUGACUCUUAUGCUGUUGUAUUACGCCUUUAGAAUGUAUUGUACCUAUGUUGGUUUUCAGUAAUUUUUUCAUGAGAUUUUAUGGUACUUUGAUGAUCAUUGUUGGAAAAGUAAUCAUUCUCGCGGUGUUCAUUAUUGAGGGUGAACUACUGUAUGAUUGUAAAUCCUAAGUUGAUAUAAUUUCAUUCUAUGAUUAUAGCUACAUGGGUCGAGGGAAUGUAUAAAUACCCACACACUCUAACUCCAACUGAAAAUUAUUAGAGCAAAUGUACACAUUCGUAGUGCAAUUUAUUCCAAUUUAUACGUAUAAUAUAUAUAUUUUUUUCUUCUCACGUUACUAUUAUUUCUCCUUGUGGGGAAUAUCCUGUAAAUUAUGAUGACACCAAAAUAUUUAUCGGAGUUUUCCGCAGGUGAGACUACGGUGAAUUUUACAUGGAUUAUCGAUAUUUGAUUCCGUUAUCUAACUGCGUUGUUAUUAAUUAUUGUAAAACUGAUGAGCGGUAAACUGGCUGUCUAAUUUUUCUUUACGUAUGUAUGUAUAAUAUGUAUGUAAGUAUGUAAAAUUAAUUUGCCAUACAUCAAGUUGAAAUUGUUCUAUUAUAAUCUUAAAUAUAAUUAUGGUUUCACGUAA